AGCGCAUUCACACAUUCGAGAAAAAGCGGUGAUGCGUCUGCUGCUGUUGUCACCACAGGACAGUAGAGGGACAGCUGGCACUGUUUCUGGAGGAAUAAAUGCACUCGUGAGUGAGGAGACGAGAGGGAAGAGGGGGAGAAAUGUUGAGUCAGUGUGAGGCAGGAGCACGGAGGUAACUGUUGGUUCCGCUGGAUUUUGUCGCUGCACAGGAACAGGAGCGAGUUUUCUCCACGAAAUGCCGUGUCCAAACAUUUACGCGGAGCUGCUCCGGGGAGCUCCGACGCGCCGCUGACUGCUGCCUGCCCGACCAGCCUCCGGACACAAAGAUUUGGCCCCUCCGAGGGACCCUCAUCGCCUCCAAAGCUACCAGGAGGCAGCGAGGCACACAGUUCACAGCGCACUGUGCCUGACAGCAGCCAUAGAACAACGCUCGGGGGAUUUGGAAUCCUGCUUUAAAUAAGGGAAGAACAUCUUUCUUAAAAAGCAAGGAGCUCCUGCAGUCAUUACACUCCCGCAGAGUUUUCUUUUAAAGACUUUGGUUCAUCUAUUAUUUCUUCCACUGUAGACUCUAUCACCAAGAUAGAGUGCGUGUAGAACUGCAGGUGAAUCAUUUCAUUAACUCUUUGUCAUAAAGGCUUUCUCCUGGAUUAUCAGGGCACUAUUGAAGGUCAGCGUUCCUUAACUGUCAGACUCGAGUCUUUGAUCGGGUGCCACCGCCCCACUCGUUCGUUUAUCCCUUUUUCGACUCCUCAACUCUUGACUUUGAAGGGUUUUUGUGGGAUUAAGUUUUAUGCCCUUGGACACCCUCUUCAAGCAGCUAUUCCCCAGGAAUAUACUCAAGCCAAAACUUGAAAGAAGAUAGCCGCCCGGCAGGAUGCGGCGAAGGGAAGGAUAAGGCCGGAUAGAAAGGAAUAGAGGGAAGUGAAGGGCAGAUGGCUUCUCUGCGCCGAAAACACCAACAGCAGAAUGAAUAAAACAUUGGAAUAGAGAGGGUGUCGUGACAUCUGGCUGAGGAGUGAGUGAGAUACAUUCUCCCUUUUCUUUUCCCUAUUCUGCCCACUCCUAGUAUCCCUAGCAUCAUCAUUCCUUGUCAUCUAACCAUCUUUCACUUAACCUCUCUGGACACCCAGGCGCUCAAUCAAACAGACAGGAACAAGCUUAUUUCAACGUUUAGCGAGUUUCCCCCCCACACCUUCUCUCCCUGGUGCGGCGUGUGAUGGUGUGUCCCCUCCUCUCUUUCCUGGAGACAUGCCUGUGCAGGAGAUGGCGGUGAGUCCUGUCAAGUCGCUGUACUGGGAGCAGUUCCCCCCCAUGACGCAGCGCCGCGUCUACUGCACUCCCGUCUACCACGAAGGCCUUCUCUAUGUGCUGGGGGGCUGCAGCGAGACCGGCGCCCCCCUGGACAGCGUGGAAGUCCUGGAUGUAGAGAGUCAGACGUGGAGCCAGCUGCCCCCACUGCCCACUGCGAGGGCGGGGGCCUCGGCUGUGGCGCUGGGGGGCCAGGUGAUGGUGCUCGGGGGCAUGAACCAGCAGCAGACCCCUCUGCCGUCCGUGGAGAUGUACCACCCCGACGAGGGCAAGUGGGAGACCAAGGCCAGCCUGGGGCAGCCGUCCAUGGGGGUCACCACCGUGGAGAGAGAUGGAAAGGUGUACGCGUUGGGAGGAAUGGGAGCCGACACAACGCCACAGGCUCUGGUGAGGGUCUAUGAGGCGGAGAAGGACCAAUGGCAGCCCAUGACUUCCAUGCCCACGCCGCGGUACGGAGCCACGCCCUUCGUAAGAGGAAACAAAAUCUACAUGAUGGGUGGCCGUCAGGGGAAGAUGCCGGUGACGGCGCUGGAGGCCUUUGACCUGGAGAUGAAGAGUUGGACACGUUACCCCUGCAUCCCCAGCCGGAGGGCCUUUUCCUGCUGCGCCACCAAUGAGCGCAGUUUCUUCAGCCUGGGGGGCCUCCAGCAACCGGGGCCACACAACUUCUACUCUAGACCUCACUUUGUCAGUACCAUGGAGGAGUAUGAUCUGGAUCAGGGUAUCUGGAUCAAACCCAUCCGAACAUCCAGGAUGAGGGAGAAGAGGGCGGACUUUGUGGCAGGAUGCCUGGGAGGAAGGGUCAUCGCAGCUGGUGGUCUAGGUAAUGAGCCGUCACCGCUGGGCACAGUGGAGAGCUACAACCCUGUGAAGCGGCGCUGGGAGUAUGUGGCGCCAAUGCCGACCGCACGCUGCUCCUCCGCCCUCCUGCAGAUACCCAGCAUGAUGUUCGUCAUCGGCGGAGUCUCCCAGGGACCCAGUAAUGCAGUGGAAGCCCUCUGCUUACCGGAAACAGUGUGACACUAGCGCUCAUGCUAACACACGCAGGAAAACAUCAUUUGUAUUCAUGUGUGUGCAACAGAAACACAUCAAUUGGAUCCAAAACAUCGGGCUAAGAUACAUUUCUACCCUUAUGUCAAACUGAUGGAUUCCUCUCAUAGACUGGGAGGCAAGUUUUUGAUAUUUAACAAGCAUUUUGAGGCAGAUUGUGCUGGACGAUGAAUUCAAGAUGAAGGACGUUCAGGCCGGCUGCUAUAACUGCCAGGGACAGAAAACUGACAGCUUUUCUACAUUGGCUAAAAGCAGAGGAAGAACAAAAAGAAAAAGAAAAAAACCGACACACACAUAUGGUGUAUGGAGAAACAACACGCCUUUGAACUGUUAAGCAUUUUUCAGAAUUAAAGCAGGGUACUUUUCUGGAUAUUUAAGGAAGAUAGGGCCAUAUCUGUAUGUAUUUGCUCCCCUGCUGCUGCGACAGCCAGAUCGGACACUUUUCUAUGACUUCAGACACAACAGUUGUAUUUUAGAAGGUGGUGUUCUGUGAAAGUAAACGUAUUUUCUUUUUGUUGCAGUGUUUUAUAUGUGUGGAAGUUGGCACUGCUUGCAACAACAUCAACAACAGCGGCCCCUAGAUGCGUUCAGAUCGCCGUUUUUGAGAACCAGUGAUGCGUUGGCAGACUUUGACUACAGUCUUUGCGUUUCUUUUCUUUUCAAGUUUGCAGUUAAGCUGACUGUGGUUGAUAUUGUCAGCAUCUGGCUUUGCACCCCAUCUGUCCACCUCUGCUACAACAUGAGUAAUCAAUCCCAAUCCAUCAUCAAGGCUCAAACAGUCCUUCACACUGUAGCACAAGGAUGCAGCUGCACGUGAAGGGAAUGCAGAGUUAAACCUGCCGCACUGAAGCAUCCACACAGAUAAAUAAUAGCCUCAACAUCCAGACAUCUUAUAUUCCCCCUAAGUUUUAUGAUGGAUAGUGGUACGAUAGAUUAUUUUACUCAACUUGAUAUCAGCCACACAAUGAGGAAUCAUUUUGAAGAGCUGAUGAUACCUUGGCAACAUUUUUGAAGCAAUUUGUCAGAUUAGGUUUUAGCAAGCAGAAUAUUGAAAAAAAGGUCAAAAGUCUCAGGUCAUGGAUUUUUGUGAUUUUGGGUUAGGGUUCCCGGGAGUAUAGAACUGUUUUGGUCUGACCCUACUGUUGUGUUGGCCAUCAUGAUCAUAGUUCCCGCAUAUUUGCAUAACCAAUGUUGAUAGUUUCUAGGAUAGCCAACACAUUUAGGUUAAAAUGAUUCUGAAAGGUUUGAAGCUUUCUCAGGAAGCGACGUGUGAUUAAGAAAGACAUGGACACAUACCCAAAGAAACUUAUUCUGUACAGUCCCAUGUAUUUAAAAAAUCUUUCUGUCACAGAACAGCAGUAUAGUGCCAUCUCUCAAAAAUAAUCUAAUCAGAUUUUUGAAAGUAGCCACUUCUAGACUAAUCCCUUUUCAGGACACGGUUUCGACAUUCAUGUUAAGGAAAUGUAGGAAUAUGUAUCAUGUUAUAGCUAAAUUAGUGAUCAUGAUAUUGCAGAAAAGUACAUGUUUUUACAACAAGAACUAUUUCUUGUUGAUGCGAUAACUUUGUUGUAAUGUCUUGAAAAUAUGUAGUUAUAUCGUGAUUAUCAUCUUGUUAGGGUUGGGGUUAAACAUGAUACAGGUCAGUUUUAUUUUUUCUGACAUGGCAGCAAUAUGCUUCUUUAACCUACAAAUGAAUGGCAAAUAAGUAUGUUGUGGGACUGCUUGGAGAAGUCUCUUUGGUUGUGUUAACACAUGAUGUGCCAUAACUGGGUUGACAUUGGAAUCCACUGUAACUGCUGUGAAUCGAAGUUGACUACAGCUGCUACAAACCUUUCGGAGCCCCAGUCCAACAGUGAGUGAGCAACUGAUCCCCAAAAGACAGACUUUUGUGAGGAAUUCUGUUUGUUUGGGCUGAGGCGAGGAUCUGUGGACAACAGUUAGAGAUGAAAGAUAAUGGUGGGAGCUGCAGUGCAGUAUUCUUUCUGAACGAUUCAGUGAGUUGUGGACAGCAGACGCGGUGGGGCGGGAAACAAAGGAAUUACCCAGUGGACUGUGUUACCUUGUGGCAAGCAGCCUCUGUUUGUCUUUCUUAUGCUGCCAUACAAUAGCAUUAUCCAAUUUCACUUGAAGAGACACUGUUCAGUUCCUCCAUUCAGAACGUUAGGGUUAGGCUUAGCAUUUAGUCCAAGAAUCACAGACUUUCAAUCAAAUAUUUUUCUUGGCACAUUAUAAUGUAAAACUUGAAGUAAAUGGCCCUAAGACUUAGUAAAGGUUCCAUUUCAACCAAAGUGUUUGAAGCACUUGGUUGUUUUUGUUAAUAGUUGUAUCAUUGGGCAAUGGUUUUACCAGCUUCAUUGCCCUUUUACUCCUUAUUGCUGACUGGAAAUUAUUUUUGUCAUGUAUAUAUUUAUUUGCCCAUUUAUUUGAUGACCUAGUGAUUAAAGGUAGGGUGUGCUUCAACAUGAUUUAUGAUAGUUACAUUUAAUAAUAAUAAUAAUAAUAGAUUUAAUUUGUUAGCGCUUUUACAGGUGCUCAAAGACGCUUCACAGAUAUAGUGAAGGGAAAAUAAAAGGAAGGAACAACAAAUAAAUAUAUAGUUAAAGUUAAAGUCAAAUAAUACAAAAACAAUCACACAUUAAAAGCCAGAUUGAAGAGGUGAGUUUUUGUGAGUUUUUUGAAGGUGGUGAGGUCAGAGGUCAUUUAUAAUAAGAAAGAUAAAACAAAACGAAAACCGCAUUGGAUAGAGAGAUAGGACUGGACAAUGGUCUAUGUUGCCACUCUAACACACACACACUAAGCUCCGGUACAGUACAGUCCUGCAGCAAAAUUGCAGGGUCCAUCAUUUAAAGAUGACAUUCGUUGGCUUAAUCCAAACCAUUUAAAAUGACUGAAUGAAUGUCACAGAUGCGUGAGAUUCCAUGAAUCCCCAGAAGGGACAUAUGGAGGAAAAACAGUUGAAGGUUUAAAAAUAAUACACAUAGUUUCUCACACACAAAUAUGUUUGUGGUGCACACCCUGGCAGAACUUGUUACAGGAGUCAGACAUGUAAUACUGUGGAGAGCGCUGGAGCUGCCGGAGCUCAGAUGAGAUGCCAGUUGACAGUUGGUUAUUUCUGGUGGGGCAUUGUUUGUAUUUAGUGUGUGAGGUAGAAUCCACUCACAUAUGCCAGGCACAUACCUGCAAGCCUGAGUGCAAGACUGCUGUCACCUUCUCCCACGGUUCCUUUUGGCAACACUCAUAAAAGCUUGGAGAACACAAAGAUAAUUGUGUCUGUAAACAGCUCUGCUGGUUGGGAGCUGUGGCCCCCUUCCAACCAUGAGCCUACUUGAAUUAGCUGCAACUUUGCUAGAGUAUGUGUGAGAGGAUCAUUUUAUUUGUUGUCCUGGAUGGGUCUCAUGCAAUUUAUUUGCAUAUAAAUUGCUCAUGAAGAGUGUAUUUCUAAAAAGUUAUACAAAAAGAAGGAUUUGGCUUUGUUUUUACGGGAUUUUUUCAUUGCCUUAAUGGAGCCACAGAGGAAUUUAUUAUAUUUUUGAAUAUUAAAAGGAGAAAAUUAACAAGGCUGAGUUGAAGCAACAAGGUUGUUAGCUUAUAGUUCCUUUUUCACAAACAAUACAGAGCCGGACAACUUUCUUUUGCAGUAGUGUUUCUGUUCCCCUGAAGAAUGUAAGGCUACUAUCUCCUUUAACUCUUUGAUUUCCACUCGAUCCUGAGGGGACUAUCUUGCUUUUUAGCUGCUAAAUGCUCACUGUGUCUAUCUAUGAAACAACAUGAGAGAGAGAGUGAAUGCUGUAAGACUCAAAUGUGCUCUGUAGAGCUGAGGAGGACUGCAGAGUUUGGUGAAAAAACAUUUUUAAGUGCUAUUUUGAUCUCUUUUUAUCAAAACCAUGUUAGUUGAUUUGUAUUGCCCGUUGCUCUAAGCUGAAAACACAACAUCUGACAUAUAAUAAUUUCAUGUGUGCAGCUGUGCUUCUGUGUCGACAUUGUAUUUGUGUGAUUGUGACCGUAUGUGAGGGCUUUGUUUUCAUGCGUGUGCGUGGGUGCACAUUCUUGUCACCCAGCCACACUCACCAUCUAUUAUUGUGCGAGCUGUCUGGAGGAUGUGAAAUGUCUCCUUCCCAGUCCUUCUGUUUCUCUGGCUCUUCUAAACAGUUUACAUGCCACACUGCAGUCCCCGAGGAAUUCUGGAACAGUGCCAGAGUGAGCUCUCUCUGUGGGUGUCUGUUUUUACUUUUCCCUCUCUGACCCUGUCAGAUUGUUUUCCAGAGAAGAUGCUUCAUAAAUGUUCAAGUUCUCUUUCAAUAGAGAAGAUGUCUCAUGAAUCAGAUUUUCUGGGUACUAAUGUGACAUGUGCUGUUUUACCCAUUUGGAGUGAAAUAUCUCUUCAAAUUCAGAUAGAACGUUUUGGAACAAAAGAGAAUAUGCUUCAGUACAGGCUGUACCUUGAGCCAGUAGCAAAUGAUGCACAGGCAUAAGGAAAUGCACUCUUACAUGUAGGGUGACCAGGUGUCGUACACAGCAUUUUUAUAAUUGGUCCCGCAAAAUUAGGAGAUGUCCUGCGUUUGAUUGACAGUUGCCCUUUUUAAUACUCUUUUACUUCUAAUACUACAUCUAAGGCUUUUAUCCCAACCCAGUCUCAUGGCAUUUCGUGUUCACCAACACGAUUUUUAAUCUAUUGAUUGGUGUU